AUGGAGGAUCUUUCCAGUAACAAGAUCAGCACCUUAAACGCUGAAAUGUUCCUGCACCUGAUUUCUCUGGCAAAACUGAGCCUGGAUGUCUGGAUCGGGUUUAACGACGUGGCCAGCCCCAGCCCUUUGCCGCAAGGCGAGGAGGGCUUUGAUGUACAGAGCUGCCAGAACUGGCUUCCGGGUGAGCCCCAUCCCUCCAAUGCUGACCACUGUGUCCGGAUGAGUCCUGCCGGGCAGUGCAACACCGAUCUGUGUACGGCCAAGCACAGCUACGUGUGCGAGCACAAGCCACAAGGAGAGAUUCUUCUAAAUGCUGACCGCUUUCAACUGGGAUCUCUUGCGUUCGACACCUACGUGGCCACCAGAAGCCUGACUGAAAAAGAAGAGACUUUUGCCCCAUCAGGGCCAGUCGAGACUCUGGUCUUUCCCAGCUUGGCAUUUCAACAGGAGGGCUUUUUAGUAGCCUUGGAACUGGUGACCCAGAAGCUACAGCAGCCGGCCCAUAUCCGGUUUCAAGUACACCGUCCAGCCCACCCAAAAGGAUGCAACGAGGUCACGAACGUGACUGACCUCUUCCUUGUUUCCCAAGAGAAUGAGAACUGGACACCAAUGGACUGUCCGGUUGGCUUCCAGUGGUGCCACUCGGCCAACUCAUGCCAACCACUAGGGAGCUGCUGCCACCAAGAGCCAUGUGCCAACUCAACAACUCAGGCAGCUGCUGGUGUUCCUCCCCCCUGCCAAAAUAAAUCCUGGAGCCUGGAGCUGAAGACGUCACAUUUUAUGCUGCCACUGGGCCCCUCCAUGCGGUACCUUUUGCUCUUCCGAAGCAAGGACACCUUGGUCAAACCCAACGAUACAGUGAUUGUCCAGCAUGAUGCUGGGCCUGGCGCUUUGCUCCUUUGCCAUCAUCCCAGCCAAAAGCCGCUGACCCAGAUGGGCUACUUCACCCUCAGCUCUUUGGGUUGGGACCCAGGCUGGCCUGCCCACCCCACUCCCCAAACCUGGCGGAACAAUUCCAGGUGCCCUCUCAGGGUGCUGGCGGCUGCUGAAGAGACCGUCCCACUCCUGCCGAAAAACCACUCCAGCGUCCACCGCCCCGGCCUUUAUGCGGUGCAGGCCACGGUCAGCAAUGGCAUCUUCAGGAGGAACUUCUCCUGCAGCUUCUGGGCUCUUUCUGCCAUCUCAAGCCUCCGUGUGAUCUACCCUCCGGAGAAAGGUGGCAAGGUCUACGUGGAAAGCAACAGCACGUGGCUGGUGGUGAAAAUCCUCUCUGGGAUGAACGCGACCUCCGGCAGGCUGGGAGGCAACCAGAGCUUCCCUUUUGGACGGAGUUGCCCCCCAGCGGUCACUCCAUGGGUGGCCGAGUGCGCAAGAGAGAGCAACGACACCUGGUUCUCUGUCGUCCUGCUGGAUGGCAUUGGGCACAACCUGAGCACUGUUGUGCUAUGGGCCAAGAACGCUGUGAGCUCACAAAACAUCACCGUCAGGGUGAAGGCGGAGGACGCCAUCCGAGGACUGCGUGUGACGCCGGACCCAGAGACGAGAGUCCUUCAGAACAAGCGUGUGGUGAGUCACCAACUGCCCGUGUGGGACUUUGGUGAUGGUGACCAAGCCAUUUUGGAGUUUCAUCCACCCUAUAAUGAAUCCUUCCUGAAGCCAGAUCCCAAGAUCCACCAGGUGCAAAUCGGGCACAAUCUAUCCCAUAUCUACCAAGACCCAGGUGAAUACAGCCUGACUGUUGUAGUCUCCAAUGAAUUUGAGAACCUGACCUAUUCAACCCCUGUCCACAUCUAUGCUCACCUAACAGAAGUGGCCAUGCGAGGAGCCUCAGAUGUUUUGGUUGUGGGCCAUCCUGUCACCUUUGAAGCUCAAGUGAUGCCCUCUGGCUUCGGAGUCUCUUACACCUGGAAUUUUGGGGAUGGUUCAGAGGCAUUUGUGGAAAGCCAGGCCGCCGUAGUCCACACCUACAGUUCCAGAGGGACGUACAAGGUCUGGGUGCAAGCAAACAACACCAUCAGCACUGUGGAGACAUGUCAGCAUUACCGCGUCUUUGAAGAGAUCAGUGGGUUGUGGGUGUCCUUGAAUGAAACCAUAGAGCUUCUCACACCGAUUGAGAUCAGUGCUUCUGUGGAAACAGGAGAUAAUAUCACCUGGAUAUUUGACAUGGGCGAUGGGACGAUUGUGGAGACUCCUGUGGCGUCCGUAAAGCAUACUUAUUUAAAGGAUAUGAACUACACAGUAAAUGUAACCGCGGUGAAUCCAGUCAAUUCUCUUUCCCGAGCUGUGCCCAUCCAGAUAUUUGUGCUGAUGGUACUCAAGAUUGAGCCUUCCUCCUGUAUCCGAGAAGACCCUGAAGUGCAGCUCACGGCUCACGUGUCAGGUAAUCCCCAGAACUACUUUUUUGACUGGACAUUUGGCGACGGCUCAUCCAACAUCACCGUGUAUGGUGAUCCAACCGUGAUACACAACUUCACCUUCAGUGGGAUCUUCCGCCUGUCUUUGGUCCUUUCCAGCAAGGUCAACAAAGCACAGUAUUAUACGGAGAUUUGCGUGGAACCAGAGAUCACCAACGUGACGCUUUCGGUAAGGCCAGAACUGGUGUGGCUCGGCAACGAGACCAAAUUUCAAGUCACAGCCUUGCCCCCUUUCCGCUACCAUUAUCUUUGGGACUUUGGAACGAACAACUCCACCAGGUCUGGUGGAACCGAAGUGAGCUAUACCUACAGAAAUCCAGGCGACUAUAUGGUCAUGGUGACCGUCUGCAACAAUGUCUCUUUCAACAAUGUCUCUGCAUCAGUAGAAGUCCAGGAGCCGGUUGGGGUGGCCAAGAUUGAGUCAAACGGCUCAAAGGUUUUGGAGCUGAACCAGGUUUAUCUCUUCUGGGCCAAUGUCACUGGGACCAAAGUUAGUUAUUUGUGGUACUUUGGGGACGGGACUUCCCAGUUGGGAAAAUUCAUCACCCAUUCUUACAACAAGAGUGGUACCCAUACCAUCAGUUUGACGUGCUGGAAUGACGUCAGCUUCCACGAGGCCAAGAUGAAUGUGACGGUGAAGAGGCGCCUGCAGGGCCUGAGCAUCAACGCCAGCAGGACGGUAGUGCCUCUGAACGGUUCUGUGAGUUUCGUGGCCAGCCUCCUGGCGGGCACUGCCAUCCGCUACUCUUGGAUCUUGUGCGACAGGUGCACUCCCAUCCCGGGUCUUUCCACCAUUUCCUACACUUUUCGCUCCGUUGGGACGUUCAAUGUGAUUGUGACGGCAGAGAAUGAGAUCGGGGGCCUGCAAAGCAACAUCUUCAUCUAUGUCUUGGAGCAGAUAGAAGGGCUGCAGAUCACCGGAGGGGACUUCCUGGACAACCUUUACUUCCCCACCAAUAAGACGCUGCAGCUGCAAGCAGCCGUGAAAGCCGGAACAAACAUCUCUUACAACUGGACUGUGCUGAAGGAAAGUCACCCUGUGCAGACGUUUACCGGGAAGGUUUUUUCCUUAGUCAUUCUGGAAGCAGGGCCCUUUGAUGUCCACCUGAAAGCCACCAACAUGCUGGGAAGCUCGGCCGUCAACAAGACGGUGGAGUUCAUUGAGGAGGUGGGCGCCUUAAAGCCCACGGCCACCCCCAACCCUGCUGCCGUCAACGCAUCUGUGAACAUAAGUGCCGGUGCGGCUGCCGGAAGUGGGCUGCUAUAUACUUGGCACUUCGAAGGUGGCCUUUCUCUCUGCACAGCUUCCAGUACCAUCGCACACUCUUUCCUGAGUCCAGGUGCCCAAAUCGUUGCCGUGGCUGCAGGAAACAAAUUUGGUUCUGCCAAUGCAUCCCUUGUGGUAUGCGUACAGGAACCAAUAAUGGGCCCAGAGAUUAGGAUCGUAAGGCCAAACAGCAGUUCUGUGGAAUCGGGCACUGUGGUGAACUUUGCUGGAGAGCUUGAAAGGGGAUCUGACGUACUCUGGACGUGGAAGAUGCAGGACAAAACCAUCUCGGGCCAAAGGGUGGCUCUCAAUUUUCCCGUGGCAGGAAUUUUCCCAGUCUGCUUGAAUGCGUCGAACAACGUCAGCUGGGACGUAGCUUGCCUCAAUCUGACAGUGCAAGAUGCAAUCCAGGGCCUGAAGCUCAGCGUAAGCGAGGACGUGCUGCAGCCAGGGCAACUGGUCUCUUUUGAGGUUGAAAUAUCUUCUGGUUCCUCCGUGAGCUAUUGGGUCACCAUCGGGAGUAACCACUCCGAGAUCCUCAGUGCUUCCAACUUCACCUACAAGUUCAGCCAGGUUGGAGAGUACUUAGUGAGAGUCACUGCAGAGAAUCAAGUAAGUGUGGCUUACGCCGAGCAUCUUAUCGUGGUGCUGGAGGCCGUGCGUGGCCUCCAGAUCGCCGAUUGCUGUGAACGAGGAAUGCCUGCUGUGGUGGAGAAACAGUUCACGGCUCGGAUUGAGAAGGGCUCACAGGUGUCUUACGUCUGGCACUUCACCUUAGUAAACGAGCAGCAACGUUCCCAGGUUCGCUUAGAGGGCCAAAGUGUCUCUUACACCCCAGAAGCAGCGGGGCAGUUGGACAUCCACCUGUGUGCUUUCAACAGUCUUAGCAGCCUGAACGUAACUGUGGUGAUCCAAGUCCAAGAUUUCAUCCUCCAGCUGUCCAUCCAGCCCGUGGACUCCUUUGUCAACCGCACAACUUGGUUCAAAGCCUCUGUGCUGCCCAGUGCCAGAGAAGUUCUGUUCUGGUGGCAUUUUGGAGAUGGCUCUCCAGCGGUACAAACGAGCGUGCCAUCCGUCAGCCAUGUGUAUCUGAGGCCUGGCGAUUAUGUAGUGGAGGUGAAUGCCACCAACCUCAUCAGCUUCUCCAUCGCCCACCGCACCGUCACGGUCCGAAUCCUGGAGUGCGAGGAACCAGAAGCGGAGCUUGCUUUACCUGCUCAGGUGUAUAUGAAAAGAUCCCAGAAGAAUUAUCUGGAGGCCCAGAUUGACUUGCGAGGAUGCACCAGGUACCAGACUGCUUAUCUCUGGGAGAUCUACAAAACCCCGAGCUGCCUACACCUGGAGGCUUUUGCCAAAGUCCUGUUGGUCAGUGUGGACGUGAACCGGCCCCAGUUGGUCAUCCCCAAGCUCACCCUGGAUCUCGGCAACUACUGCUUCAAAUUCCUGGUCUCUUUUGGUGAUACUCCUCUGUCCAAAAGCAUUUUUGCCAACGUGACAGUUUUGCCCAAUAAACUGGUGCCCAUCAUUGAUGGAGGAUCAUACCGUGUGUGGUCCAGCACCCGGGAUUUGAUCUUGGAUGGCGAGAAAUCCUAUGACCCUAACUGGGAAGACUGGGAACAGACACCGUUACAUUAUCACUGGACUUGCGUAUCGUCUUCCAAAAAUUCACCUGGUGCGCAUGGCCUCAAUUUCAGUGCCACAGGAGGACUGGUCACCAUCCCACGGGCCAUGCUAGAAGCAGACGUGGAGUACACGUUUGACCUCACCAUAUCGAAACCAGGCAUGGAUUCAGAAGCCACAAAUCAAACCGUAUGUAUGAACAAGGCUCUUUUCCCCUAUCGUUACGUCUCCCGGGAAAAGGAGCCGUUUCUUGCCGUCUGUCUCUUCCACUCCCCUGAGCGCAACUGCACGGCCUCCAAGGAGAUCUCCCUGGAGGACAUGAAGGAGGGGCCGCAGGGCGACCCACGGCGCUACACCAUCUUUGUUCCCCCGGGGAUUGCAGACACAGUGAGAGACCAUCACUUGAACAUCACCAACCACUUCGUGUGGUCCCCCGUGGAGGUGACUCUGGGUCUGUACAGCUCCCUGUGCCAGUAUUUCAACACGGAAGAGGCCCGCUGGAAGACAGAGGGCAUGGCUCCCUUGGAAGGGGCCACUCCGGAGAAGGCCCUGUGCUUAACCCAGCACCUGACAGCUUUCGGGGCGAGCCUCUUCGUCCCCCCGCACUCUGUGCAGUUCAUAAAGCCACCUCCAGGCCCCGGGCUCAAUUACAUCGUUCUGCUGACUUGCGUUGUCUGUCUGGUGACCUACUCCAUGGCAGCUGUGAUUGUGCACAAACUGGAUCUGAUCGACAUCAGCCGUGUGGGGUCGAUCCCUUUCUGUGGGAAGAACGGGCUGUACAGAUACGAAAUCUUGGUGAAGACAGGCUGGGGCAAAGGGUCAGGGACGACAGCCCAUGUGGGGAUCACUUUGUAUGGGAUGGAUAGCAAAUCCGGGCACAGACACCUGGAUGAUGAGAAUGCCUUUCGCCGCAACAGUCUCGACAUCUUCCAGAUGGCCACAGAGCGGAACCUGGGCAGUGUGUGGAAGAUCCGGAUCUGGCAUGACAAUAAAGGACUCAGCCCAGCUUGGUUUCUGCAGCACGUCAUUGUCAGGGACUUGCAGACCUACAAGAGCUACCACUUCUUGGUGAACGACUGGCUGUCGGUGGACAGCCUGGAGAACGACGGCCUGGUGGAGAAGGAGGUCUUUGCUGCCAGUGAGGCAGACCUGAGGAGCUGCUUCCGGAUCUUCGUUGGCGAGCUGCAGCGGGGUUUCUUUGAGAGGCACGUCUGGCUCUCCCUGUGGGACCGGCCCCCUCGCAGUCGCUUCACCCGGGUCCAGAGAGCAUCGUGCUGCUGCCUCCUCAUCUUCCUCUUCCUCUGUGCCAAUGCCGUGUGGUACGGGGUGGUGGCAGAUGCCAACUUCAGUCCGGUGCCGAUCUCCACCCUGAUCCCGAUUAAUGGUGAGACAGUCUUGGUUGGCUUGGUCUCCAGUUUGGUGGUUUAUCCUCUGUACCUGGUUCUUCUGUUCCUAUUCCGGAUGGCACGGAGCAAGGUCAACAUCAGCCAGUCUCUGGCCCAUUCAGACCAGCAAUCCCUGGAGAUCGACAACUACCUGGACUCAUCGCUUCUGGAGAGCUCCUUCAUCACUUUCCCCGGCCUUCGGACGGAGGCUUUUUCAGAGGAAACCAAAACCGAUUUGAUUCUGGACGAUUCGAAAAGCCUGAUCCGGUGGCAGUCCAACGAAGCCCUGCUCAACUGGCCAGACCUUCUCAGUGACCCAUCCAUCAUGGGCAACACCAUCCAGAAGCUGAAAAGAGGCCGGACCAGCCGUCACCUCGGCCUGGAGGCUCCUUUGGCCCCUGAGGGGGAUGCCCUGACACCGGCUAUUCCCCAGGCUCAAGCCAGAUACUUCUCUGCUUCCGACGAAGAUCUGAUACGGCAGAUUCUUGCAGAUGGAGCUGGUGGCAUCCCUCAUCUUCAGGAAGUGGGAAACUGCCCCAAGGUGGAAACGGACCUCCUCUCGGGGCUGUCAAACGUGCCGGGAGACAAGAUGGAAGCCAUCGUGUUGCAGAGGCUGAACGAGAAAGGCCAGAGCGUGGCAGUCCCUGGCCGGGAACUGAAUCAUUCUGCCAAAUCAACCCGAACAGUUGUGGACCACCAUCUCCAGAAGCGCCUGCUGCCCUCUUGGUGCUCCUCCUUGGCCCAUGCCAUCAGCCUCCUCCUCCUCCUCCUCUGCUUUGGAGUCUCCGUGUGGAUCGGAGUGGGGUUCAGCUCCAGUGUGGCCCUCAUGUGGCUGAUCUCAGGGAUUUUUAGCUUCCUCUCCUCCUUUUUGCUCUGGGAACCCCUCAAGAUUCUCCUGGAAGCCGUUUACUUUUCUCUGGUGGCCAAGCGCCUGCACCCCGAGGAGGACGACACCCUGGUGGAACACCCCAUUGUGGAGCACAUCUCGGAGAAGAUCGGGAAGGUCCGGCCCCCUCAGGGCUUUGCUCUUUUCCAGGCCAAGGAAGAGGCCAGAAAGGUCAAGCUUCUGCACAGCCUGCUCAAGAACUGCUUUGUCUACAUGUUCUUCCUGCUGGUCAUCCUUCUUACCAACUACAGUGGGCCUUCACACAACAGCCAGGCAUUUCUUUUGCAAAAGUCCAUCAAGCAGCAACUUGGCACCACACAAUUCCUGGAUAUUAAGAGAGUGGAUGACUUCUGGCUUUGGGCCACGCAGGGACUGCUCCCCUUUCUGUACCGGAACCGGUCUGCCCAGGGAAGCUCAGGUAUCACCCUGGGGGUCCCAAGACUGCGGCAAAUCCGUUUGCGAGAAGAGUGCUUGAAUUCACUGGAAGAGGCCCUCCGUGGGACGAAGGGAAGAUGCGCUUUCCGUUCCAACAGCUUUGACAGCUCCGGCUACACGGCUGGCUGGAAGAGCCCCUCGGACGACCUGGGGCCGCUCUGGACCUACUCUCCUCCUGACCUGGCUGGGGCCUGGUAUUGGGGCUACCUUUCCAUCUACGACAGCGGAGGUUACAUCCAGGAAUUGGGAACCACUCUCCAAGAAAGCAACGCUUUUCUGCAAGGCCUCCAGCAGAACAACUGGAUCAGCAACAGGAGCCAGGCAGUCUUUGUGGAAAUGACCCAGUAUCAUCCUGUUCUGGACCUCCAUGCUGCCGUCACGCUCCGCCUGGAGUUCCCCGUGGCAAAACACGCCGUGCCAGCUGUGACCGUCACUCCCUUCCCGCUGCACCCCCUUGGCAGGAGGGUUACCCCGCAGCUGCUCAUGAUGGUCUUCCUGAUGAUCCUGGUGGUCUAUUUCGUGGUCUCGGAGUCUCUGGCCAUCAAGAAGGAAGGCAAGGCCUACUUCGCCCUCCUCAGCAGCUAUGGCCAGUGGCUGCUUAUCCUGGCUUCCACCUGCACGGUGGUGGUCCACCUCAGCCAGGCCACUCUCGCUGAGCGGCAGUGGGCGAAAUACCUGAAGAACAAGCGGGCCUUCACCAGCUUCUACCCGGUGGCGUCUCUCCACGUGGCCUUCAGUUGCCUGGCUGCUUCUCUGCUCUUCCUGCUGACAGUCAAGGCUUCCCAGCAACUGCGCUUCAUCCGACAGUGGUCCACGUUCGGCAAAGCUUUGCAGAAAUCGUCCAGGGAGCUGUUGGGCACCGGUUUGGCCUUUGCGAUCCUGGCGUUGGCUUACACACAGCUCGGCUACCUGCUCUUCUCCUCCACCUCCGGGGGCUUCUCCGGUUUCGGCCGGGGCAUCCAGCUGUCCCUCACCGGUCUGCACAGCGGCAGGAGCCUCCCGGGACCUGCGGGGCUUCCCCACCUCAUCUGGGCCAGCUACGUGGUGCUGCAGCUGUGGUGCCUUGCGCGGCUCUUCCCCGCCGUGCUCAUCCGUUGUUACCAUGAGACCCGCUUGGAGAUGUACCGGCCGGCCUUCGAAUCCCAGGACUACGAAAUGGUGGAGCUUUUUCUCCGGAGGCUCAAGAUGUGGAUGGGAUUCAGCAAAGCCAAGGAGGGACAGACGGCCAGGGAUCACAGGGCGGCCCAACCGUACUAG